AUGGCCAUCUUCAACAAGCUCGCUCUCCUCGCCACCGUCGCCCUCGCUGCCAUGGUGUCUGCUGCCCCCAUCGACACCACCCCCGUCCGCCACACCAGCGCUCUCAAGAUCGACUCCUCCACUGAGGCCUCCGAGGACUUGGUCGUCUCUGCCCAGGGCAGCGCCUUCUCCGGCAGGGGCACCUGGUUCACUGACACCGUCGGCUCGUGCGGUACCCCCUUCGACACCCACGACUUGAUCGUCGCCAUGAACGAGGCCCAGAUGGGCGGCACCUCCAUGUGCGGCAAGUCCGUUCGCGUCACCUCCGGCGGCAAGACUGUCACCGCCCGUGUCACCGACACCUGCCCCUCCCAGUACUGCAACUCGGGCUCCUUGGAUCUUUCCCAGGCCGUCUUCUCCCAGUUGGCUCCCCUUUCUACCGGUGUCAUCCCCAUCACCUGGGUGUUCGCUUAA